AUGUCAUCAGAAAAACAAGAUAAAGAUGAAUCAUCGACAUGGAUUCUUGAAAGCAUUGAGAUUUCUCCUGCUGUUGUGGAAGUUUCUAAAAAGGAUGAAAAUAAGGAAAGCAGGGUUGUAAAAGCUUCAUUUAAUGAAGCUUUUGUCGACAACGGUAGCAAUGUGAGACACAGAAAUAACGAUGGAAGCCAAAUGGUUAGGUUGCAAUCAGGUGCUACAAGAGGGCUUAAGAGUUUACGUUUUCUUGAUAGAACGAUUACCGGCAAAGAAGAUGAUGCAUGGAGGUCAAUUCAGAAACGUUUUACUCAGCAUGCAGUUGGUGGAAUGCUGUUCAAAGACAAAUUUGGACAAUGCAUUGGUAUGGGAGCAGAUUCAAAGGAUUUUGCAGGAGAACUGUAUGAAGCAUUGGCUAGGAGAAGGAAUAUAUGUGUAGAAGAUGGAAUUACUUUGAAUCAAGUUAAAGUUUUUUGGGAGGAUAUGACUUCUAAAGAUCUUGAAUCAAGACUUCAAGUGUUCUUUGACAUGUGUGACAAGAAUGGGGAUGGUAGGUUAUCAGAAGAGGAGGUUAGGGAGGUUAUAGUGUUGAGUGCUUCUGCAAAUAAAUUGGGAAAUCUCAAAGAUCAAGCUUCUGCAUAUGCAGCUUUGAUCAUGGAAGAGCUUGAUCCAGAUCAUAAUGGAUAUAUAGAGAUGUGGCAGCUUGAAACACUACUAAAGGAAAUGGUUAGUGCAGAAGAUGGCACUACAAAACUUAGUAACAGAACCGAAACAUUAACUCGAGCUAUGAUACCAGGCAAAUACAGAACUCCUAUUCGAAAAUUCAUCUCCAAAACAACAGAAUUUGCGUACGAAAGAUGGAAAAAAAUAUGGAUAGUCGUUCUUUGGUUAACCGUAAACUUGAUCCUUUUCAUUUGGAAGUUUCUUCAAUACAAGGAAAAACCAGCAUACGAAGUCAUGGGAUCAUGUGUCUGUUUUGCAAAGGGUGCUGCCGAGACUCUCAAAUUCAACAUGGCGCUAAUCGUCCUUACAAUGUGUAGAAGAACACUUACAACGCUAAGAGGAUCGUUUCUUAGUCACAUCAUCCCUUUCGACGAUAACAUACACUUUCACAUUGUUAUUGCAAUUAGUGUAGUUAUAGGGACUUUCAUCCAUGUGGUAAUCCAUGUGACUUGUGAUUUUCCGAGAAUUAUUUCUUGCCCGACCGAAAAGUUCAUGGCAACACUUGGAUCCGCUUUUGAUUAUCGCCAGCCUGAUUACCUUACCCUUGUCGAAAGUACUCCUGGUGUAACUGGAAUUUUCAUGGUCUUGAUCAUGGCUUUUACUUUCACAUUGGCAACACCUCAUUUCCGAAAAAGUGUUGUCAAGUUGCCUUCGCCAUUGCAUCAUCUGGCCGGCUUCAAUUCGUUUUGGUAUGCUCAUCAUUUGCUUAUUGUGGUUUACAUUCUCCUGAUCAUUCAUGGCUACUUUCUAUUUCUCACCAAGGAAUGGAAAGACAAGACGACAUGGAUGUACCUUAUAGUUCCAUUAGUGCUCUACGCAUUUGAGAGAACUCAUCCAUCUCUUAAGGGUAAAGAUCACCGUGUGAGCAUCAUUAAGGCGAUAAUAUACACAGGAAAUGUGCUAGCGCUAUACAUGACGAAGCCCUCGGGAUUCAAGUAUAAAAGUGGAAUGUACAUUUUUGUCAAGUGUCCAGAUAUAUCUAGUUAUGAAUGGCAUCCUUUCUCCAUUACCUCUGCACCUGGAGAUGAUUACUUGAGUGUUCAUAUAAGAACCUUAGGGGAUUGGACUACAGAACUUAGAAACAUAUUUGCAAAGGCUUGUGAGCCUGAGAGUGCACAACCAAGAAGGGGAAGCCUUAUGAGGAUGGAAACUAGAGCAAAUUCAAGUUUUGACCAAUCAAAACCAAGCAUCAAAUAUCCAAAGAUCAUCGUCAAAGGACCCUAUGGAGCACCAGCACAAAGCUAUAGGCAUUAUGAUGUACUCUUGCUCAUAGGUCUAGGAAUCGGCGCCACACCAAUGAUCAGUAUUCUAAAAGAUAUCUUGAACCAGAUGAAGUCGGGAAGUCCUCCACAAACACCUUUUGAGAUGAACUCCUUCAAUAGUAGUAAAUGCUCCGACGAAGAAAAAAAAGGUCCUGAAAGAGCGUAUUUCUAUUGGGUAACAAGGGAACAAGCUUCAUUUGAAUGGUUCAAAGGUGUCAUGGAUGACAUUGCCGAAUAUGACCGCGAUGGUGUUAUCGAAAUGCAUAACUAUUUGACUAGUGUCUACGAGGAAGGCGAUGCAAGGUCUGCACUUAUCGCCAUGAUUCAGAAGCUGCAACAUGCUAAAAAUGGACUAGACGUAGUUUCAGAAAGCCGGAUAAGAACACACUUUGCAAGACCAAACUGGAAAAAAGUCUUCUCUCAGUUAGCUUCAACGCAUCAAAGCUCUCGUAUCGGUGUAUUUUAUUGUGGAAGUCCUACUCUUACCAAAACAUUGAAGAACCUUUGUCAGGAGUUUAGCUUAAACACAUCGACACGAUUUCAGUUUCAUAAAGAGAACUUUUAA